AUGUGUCAUCUUAUAUAUCUUAUAUAUAUUUAUCGGACGCAGUGCUAAGAGUCGAUCACUGCAAAGGGAGAAGAAGAAGAACAUCAUCAUCAUCAACAUUAUCUUUUCACUGACAGCAUGAUGAAGACUUUCUGCUUCACUCUGGGGCUGCUGCUGCUCACCGCCUGCUGCUGCAACGCCAUGCCUCAAGCUGUGCAGUUCCAGUCAGCACCUGGAAAAUGCUGCUUCAAAUUUUACACUCGCAAAAUACCAUUACAGCGUGUGUUCAACAUAACCAAGACCCACAGCGCCUGUCAGAACCAGGCAUUCAUAGUUCAUACUAUCAAAGGAAUACCGAUCUGCUACAGAGAAACUUUCCAGUGGGCUCGGGAUAUCUACAGUCAGCCGCACUACACCGUGGGCAGCGGUCAGCAGCUCUAAAGAUGUAUCACUGUAGUAUUACUGUACGCUUAAUUUAGGCUAUACUUGAAACUUAUGCUUGGUUUGGCACGCCUAUAAAUACAUACUCUUUAUAUUUUAAUAAAUGUAUUAACGUAA